AUGGCCAGUCAUCAACAAAAUUCUACUCCCAUCAAGAAAGAAGAGAGUCAAGUGGAUCCAUUAGUCACCCAUCGGGAUGAAAACUCUAUAAAGGCUCAAACUGAAUUGUCGUUUUCCAUAUGGAAGAGAAUAAAUCCUGGCUAUGUGAUUCCAACGGAACCAGUACAGUCCACAACCAAAGAUGCAUUCAAGCCACAAUAUUCAGAUCCUGUUGAUAAAUCUGCGUUCAGGGCUGUUGACAAAUUCAGUCAGUGGCGAGAGGAAGAUCUAAAAACUUUCGGGAAGUUAACUUCAGCAACACCCAAAGCUGCAUCUGACAAGAAGCCGUGGAAGUUUUGA